UGACAAGGAACUGUGAGGUACCUAUUUGGUAGCGUAACAAGUCGGACAAUUAGCACGGGCAUUCUUUUCCACUUCCCUUCUGGGACUUGCUUCAUCCAGCUGACACUGCUUCACAGCCUCAGGCAACCCUCAGACUCACAGAAGAAAUCAAUCCUAUUGGAGAUACACAGGUGAACUGGGAGGCCAAAACGAUAAAAUUGCAGAUGUUGCUGUGUUUGGCUGGCAUCAAAAAUCACUCGGUCCCAUCCUCUUAUUGUUGGCAUCAGCUUCAGGACUGAAUGCCUCUCUCCCUUCACAUGGCAAGAGAGCAGUGUCUGCAACAGAGCAGAGCUCCAGAGGAUGAGCUCCCUGGUCAGUGCCUCGCACCUCCAGCUCAUUGCCUUCGCUCUGGGCACGGUAGGCUGGAUCUUGUGCACCAUUUCAAUGGGAAUGGUGGAAUGGAGAGUGUGGCACGUGGACAACACCACCAUCAUCUCCUCUGGCGUUGCCUGGGUGGGGAUUUGGAAAGUCUGCUUCAUCAGUUACCUUCACGUCUCACCUGGCUAUAGAGAACAGUUCUGCCAUAAAUUCAGUGGCUAUGAGUCCUUCGUCCCCCACGAAAUUUAUGCUGCUCAGGGUCUCCUGUUGAUCGCCAUGUUCGUGGGCUUGCUGGGACUGGCUGCUACAAUAUUUGCUCUGAGAAAUGUGUAUAUGGGAAUCACUCACAAGACUCUUAUUACCCCUUUCUUCCUGGUGGGUGGCUUCUUCUACAUAUUUGCUGGUCUGUGUGUCCUGAUUCCUGUGAGCUGGAAUUUCUAUUCUGUAACACACAACCGGAGCAUUGCUUUUCCUCCUUCUUAUUACAUGCCCUCCAGUCCAGUAGCUCAGGAAGCUGGUGCUGCAAUUCCUGUUGGGAUUGUGGCUGUCAUCCUCCUGCUGCUAAGUGGGACUUUUUCUCUCUCAUACAGAUUUUCGGGGGCCACAAACACUAACAUGAAAUCCUGACAGGACAAAUCCCCCCGUGCUAUUUCAGAACAAGAGCAUAGUCAAGAGAUAAGGACAGCAGUUGGUUGUAUAGUGAAGGAACUGGAGAAUUUAAUUUUGUUCUGUAGUAGCUAAGCUAUUUUCUUAUAUGAACCAGCUGAGUUACCAUCCUAAUUGUCACAUAUGACCAGAGGUUCAUCUUUGACAUAACUGCUGUUGAGCAGCAACUGUGAUUAAAUUUUGCCAGUUGUCCUCUUUUGUAUAUACAAACAUUACUGAUUAAUUUAUUUUUUUGUGUAAAGUCUUAACCAUGCUC